AUGAGGCAGCAUUUAUCUGCCUUCGUGUUUCUACGUGCACAGACGCUGCACAAUAAUGUCGUCUUCAUUGAACAUAUCUUUCUUAUUCUGAACUGUCUAUUUACAUCUAUCUAUCUAUCUAUCUAUCUAUCUAUCUAUCUAUCUUUUAUCAUUACUUAUCUAUCUAUCUAUCGUCACUACUUAUUUAUCUAUCUUUUGUCAUUACCUAUCUAUCUAUCUAUCUAUCUAUCUAUCUAUCUAUCUAUCUAUCUCAAUCUGCCUAUAUUAUCUAUCUAUCUAUCUAUCUAUCUAUCUAUCUAUCUAUCUAUCUAUCUAUCUAUCUAUCUAUCUAUCUAUCUAAUUCAGUUUGUUCAUUAUCUAUCGACGAGAAAUAAUCAUUACUAUCUAUCUAUCUAUCUAUCUAUCUAUCUGUCGGAUUAUGUUCGUAUCUAUCUAUCUAUCUCAAGUUGGCGGCAGCAGCAAUCUAUCUAUCUAUCUAUCUAUCUAUCUAUCUAUCUAUCUAUCUAUCUAUCUCUCUCUCUCUCUCUCUCUCUCUCUCUAUCUAUCUAUCUAUCUAUCUAUCUAUCUCAUUCUCUUCAUUAUCUAUCUCAUUCUUAUAUUAUCUAUCUGUCUAUCUAUCUAUCUAUCUAUCUAUCUCUUCAUUAUCUAUCUGAUUCUGAUACUAUCUAUCUAUCUAUCUAUCUAUCUUGGCGACAGCAACAAUCUAUCUAUCUAUCUAUCUAUCUAUCUCAUUUUCUUCAUUAUCUGAUUCUGAUAAUAUCUAUCUAUCUAUCUAUCUAUCUAUCUAUCUCCUUCUCUUCAUUAUCUAUCUCAUUCUGA